AUGUUUUGGCGGAAUUAUUCAAAAUGGCUGUUUUUCGCUUGCUUACAAGUUUUGGAGAAGAUAAUUAGUUUUUUCUUUCAUUUUGUCACCCAAAGGUAAGUUUAUAUGGCAUUUUUGUAUGUAACAUUAUGAUAGCGUUAUGUAAGGUAUUCUAUGUCACACAUAGCAUGUUCGUGCUGUAUAUAAAUUGUCACAAUGUCACAUAUUUGUCUAUAUAUAUAAAUUGUACAUCAACAUGUCAGUUUACAUGCAUGGUUUGCUCGUCCUCUGUGGUUUCUUCAAGGCAAUGUGUAAAGAAAUACUACUUUUGGGCAUUCUACGAUUUACAUAGUAUAUGUACUGUAUAAAUGUCUGCACCAGGCAUAGAAUAUAUAUUUCUCUUCCUGGCAGCAAUUAAAUCCAAAAAUAUAAAUUUUCUGUGUAAGACAAUUAUAGGCGAAAAUUAAAACUUCAUGCAUGUGGUAGAUUUUAGAGAACGAAUGGUGCCGCACAUUGUAAUAAACUUCAAUUUUGGCACAAGACAAUGUCGACUUGCAAAAUGCUUUUAGAAUUUUUAAACAGUAAAUGUAUGGCAUUUUCAUGGAUUUGUGUUAUGAUGUUAUCGAUUUUUAUUGUCACUCAUGUUUGUAACUCAUGUUUGGCAAAAAGAAUUGAAAUCUUCAAGCUCAAGUUAUUUUAUACUAAAAAUCUCAUAAUGCUCAGUAAUUUCAUUAUAAUGUUUUUCCUAUGCAUUUGACUGGAAUUUCAGCAGCAGUGAAAAUCAUAAAAAUUGAUAACAUCAACUCACGGGAGAGACUGGAGAAUGAACUCCCCCAUGCCGAGAGGUUCCCAGACCUCAUUAGAGAGGUUUAGAUUUAACUUCUGCUAUCAUUAAGGCCCCAGUUACACAAUACUGGAUUCACAUCAGAGCGACAUCAAAUUUUACUGCUUCAAGGUGAAUUUGGCACUUAAAAUUAUGAUAAUGUAACAUAUUUAAACAAAAACUUCAAAUAUGAAAAUUUGUAAGACCGGUAAACACCUUAAAUAGAUGUCGCUCCGAUACGAAUCUGGUAUCGUGUAACUGGGGCCUUGGUGACCAUUAACCAUAGAAAUAAUAGACAUAGAAUGCAUGCUCCUAUCUUUUCUCAGUAAAAAAUUUGUCUCCACAAAAUGGCGCAUUGAAAAGGGCAUUUUGGUUGGUCCCAGACUACUGAGGCAGGGAAUUUCGCGCGGUUGCACGGAGUGCGAAUUAUUUUUUCAACUGAAAAGUUUGCAAAAAAAUUUAUAUCGGGACUUAAAAUGGAAAAAAAGUUUGGUAAACUAAGGGAAAGUGUCUAAAAACCCAUUCCAGUGGGUUGUUUUACGAAAAGGAAAUAGUUCUGGACAGAAUAUAUGCAGAAAUCGUCGUUUAAAAAUAAAUUUUCAACGUUAUGUUGUUGUGCAAGCCAAAACAAAACACAAAAGAUCAAGACAAACUCAAUAGGUAUGUUCUACAAAUAUUUCAACUCUUUUACAAUAUAAAUGGAGUUCAAUAAUCUUUUCAAACUUACACAAUUAUAUUUCAUAUUUUUCUACGUUGCUUGAGCUUGAGGCGACGCUUUUGAAACCAUGGUUUUCGACGAUUAUUUUUAGGCAAUUUUACAGUUUAUCGACAACUAUAAAAUGUUUCAAGAACAUGAAAAUACUUCGUUUACAUUGCAGAAAGACGAAACCCGACGAAGAAAGAACUAUCAUUUUGUAAUAUUAGCAUAACAGUUACGUUUAGAGCAUGCAAAUAUGUUUUGAGUAAAUUAUAUUUUCGCGAAACUACUUUGCUUUUAAGAGGCUGCACGAUUUUCACUGUUUUCAUAGUGUUUUGUAACUGCACAUUUGCUUUGACAGUUUGUGCCUUCAAGGAACUCAAAAUCUAUCCCUAAACUACAAAUUAGACAACAAGACAAAACGUUUUGACGAUGAAAACGUAGUUUUAGCUUUGUUUAUACUUUGUAGUAAUGUGGUUUGCACUCCUGGCCAAAAUUCAAAAUGGCACAUUCAAAAGGGCACGCACCUGAAAAAGUGGAGACAUGAUUCGUCAUUAGCACGCAUUCUAUGUCUAUUAUUUCUAUGCCAUUAACCAAUCAGAUGAGGUUUCUAAUAACAGGGCUCUACGUCCCAAAUCUUGUGUUCAAAUUUUAAUGGUACAGUUUAGGCUUGCUGGAAGGAAUUACCUAACUGUCCUGCCUGCCGCCCUGCCCCCCAACCACCCUUGAUAGCUCUGGCAUUAUGUUAUUAUCAUUAAUUUAUUAAUAAUGUUUAGCGAUUGUGCCAUAUUCGACAUUGUCUUGGACCGCUGGACUUGACAUGUUUUUAAUCUUUGGCAAACACUAUCAUGGUAUUAACAUGCAAUGUAUAUAAUUUUUUAAGUGUACAUUUUCUCAACAAUUGGUUUUACACAAUCGGAAAUACAGAUAAUUCUUCUGAUUGUCUACUGAUAGGGCAAAAAUCGGCCCGUUUGUGAUACCCAUACCGAUUAUUGCAGGUCACUAAUAAUUAUCAUUUUAAAUAGAGUGUAUUAAAAAGACUCUGAGAUGAGCCGCAAGCGAAAGACAUCCCAUAUGAGGAAUCAUGAGUUAGAAAAUGAAAGGUCGACCAGAAAAUCAGCCAGACUUAACAAUCCUCACAGUAUUAAUCAUUCAAAAUCUAAGAUCUUGGAAAGAAAAAAGAUUACAAAACUUCAAAGGAAUAUAAAAACUUGUCCAGGUUUGGGAAGCUGUGUGUUGUUUCAAAUAGUGUGAUACACUGUUGAAAGCGAUAUCAACCAUGUGACAUUUUGUUUUUAUAGUGUUUACCCGCAGUAGAGGAAUAUUAAUCAGCUGUGACAUGUAUAAUUGUUCUAAGCCUCAUGAAUCCACUGGUACAGAUGAAAAUACCACUGAGAAUAAUAGUGAUCCAGAUAGAAGUAUUGUUAAAACUUUAACAUACUCAAGUUCAGAUAGCAAUGACUGUAAAAGUAACAUGUUUAAUAGCUCUAAGGUAAAUUUUGAUUUCAUUAAAUUCUGCUUGUCAUUUAAUAAAGUAAAAGAGUGCAGUAUCCUGUUAGCUUGAACGUGAUAUUUUUGCUUUUUAGGCAUUAAGUCACAGUUAUGAUCAAAGCCAGUUACAUAAUAGGAAAAAUGUUGAUGAUGAACAAACCUAUGAAAAAGGUACUGUGUGCAAGAUGCUAGCAAUCGUUUUUUGUUGAUAUUAUUUUUUCUUGUUCAAUAUUUUCCCCAACUUUCACAUACAUUUUAACAGCACGUACAGAAACGUCACACAAAGCUAGCUUGAGAAGUGUUACAAACCAAGCAAGUUACAAUUUACGAAGGAGAAGUCCGCGAGCUGCGGAGAGCGGUAAUGAAACAUCGAGCAGUGCUACUCUGAGAUGUGUAACAAAUCAAAAUGAUCACAG